UUCAAGAACCAGAUGCGAAGCUGAGCGAUGUUAGUCUUCCAUGUUCUUUCGCACUUGUUGCACUGCUAUCUUCCGUUGCCAAACAGGUUUUCCAGUAUAUUAUGUACAAGAAUAAGAAAAUAUGCCUUGCGUUAGCAGUUUGUUUCAUUCUAGUACUUACAAUGCAGAAUUGCAAUGCAAAGCGCGAAACGCUAAAAAAGUUAUUCGGAUUCCUUGAUUUUGAUGCACGGGAUGUGAAAUCACCUGCGGCUGUGGCGCCACGAGCACCCGUGGUUUAUAUUCCACAAUAUCGAUCCGCAGAUCCAAUAUACUUGCAGCCGUUAACGAAACCCGUACCAGAGGUCAUGCUUGGCGGUGUCUCGCCAUAUUCGAACCUUGAUGCCAAUGGAAGAAACAAUCCUGCGUUAUGGCAAUAUUCCCAUUUUUAUCCAGAACAUCAAUGAAAAACGUUAAAUGAUGCUCGAAUAAUUAUACUAUUAUUUGCUGUUAAUAAAAUCCACGAAUAUUU